CAAACAACGCCGCUGUGCCGCUUCAGAGUGUUACACCUGAGGGCCGUUUUUAUUUAACGUCUGCUUGAAACCAGCUGUUUUCUUGUAAUUACCUCAAAAUGAGCUCAGCGCUUUUAGUUUCCAGGCCACAUUUUGACAGCAGGGCAGCGGCCCAGGGACUGCCGCCGGAGAAAACUCCACAUUUGGAGCUGCAGAUCCCGCAGCCGUCCUCCGGUUCAGCCACCGUGGGUUACCGCUCCGCCAAAUACACCCCGGCCGAGUGGCACUCCAACUGCUUCUCCAUCCUGCGGCAGGCUGAUACCCACCGUGACACAGCGUGGGACAUCCAGCAAGACUCCAAAACUCUGUGCCAGGACACCGAGGCAGCUACCGCGCAGACCCAGGCUGUAGGAACACGCCUUCUGGGUCAGCGAUUACAAGACAUCCACUUCUGGAAGUCGGAGCUGCAGCGACACAUCGAUCAGCUUCGAGCAGAUACGGAGUCACUGUUGGCACUGAAGGCGCGGCUGGAAAAGACGCUGGACACCACGGAAACUCCGUAUGCCAUCGCCACUGAUAAUGUGAACUGCAGGAGGCGGCGUCCAGCACCAGACCUGGUCAGAGACAUUGUUGAGGAGGAACUGUUAAAGGAGGUGGAUUUGAUCAGGAGCAUCCAGGCUCUUCUGAAGACAACCACUGCUCAAGUUGUCAGUCAGAUCAGGAACAACAGAGAUGCCAAGCAGAUGUUAGAGUUGGACUGGUCUGACAAGUACCAGGCCUACAACUUAGAUGAUAUCUGUGGAAGGUACAACAACAUGAGUCCGGACACACGACGCCACCCCAGCUCGGCCACCCAGCAGGAGCAGGUGUGUAAUCCCAUAUCAUGGACAAACUUUACACGAGACAACCUUUCCAAGGCUUUGCAGGAGGAAAAGGCCUCUGAAACUCUCAGAGAGCUUGUUGAACGUGUGCUCAAUGAAACCACCGAUGACCUGAGAGUCCAGUGUUCAGUUGUGAACCAAGCCUUCAGCCACCGCUGCGAGGAGCUGAUUGAGGCCAAGACCCAGCUGGAGAUGAAGCAAGCAGAGGUUCUGGAGCAAAUUGGGAUCCAGGAGAAGAACAUUGUAGCUCUCCAGCUGGCCAUUCAAAACAAAGAAGCCCCACUAAGAGUGGCGCAGUCCAGACUCUAUGUUCGCACCUUCAGACCCAACAUGGAGCUUUGUAGAGAUGAACCUCAGCUCAGUUUGGAAGGGGAGGUGGGCCAGAUUAAUGCCACGCUGACAUCUCUGCACCAACAGCUGAGCCAGGCAAGAGACAUCCUGUCCCGUCUGGAGGAGUCACGCAUGGCUCUUGAGAAAGACAUAAGGUUUAAAAACCACUCGUUGUUCAUCGAGAGAGACAAGUGCAUGGUUCACCGUAGAAAAUACCCCUCGAUCACUGCACUGUCAGGAUACUGAAGAAUACGACUAACUUCAAAUUUGUUGUGUGCUGUUGGGCAAGAGGCCUAGUCUAUGUAUAGGGGUUUCAUUUAUGU